AUGACUUCCAAGCUGGCUGUUGCUCUCUUGGCAGCUUUUAUGCUUUCUGCAGCUCUGUGUGAAGCUGCAGUUGUGUCCAGGAUGGCUACAGAACUUCGAUGCCAGUGUAUAAAGACACAUUCCACACCUUUCCAUCCCAAAUAUAUCAAAGAACUGAGAGUGAUCGAUAGUGGACCACAUUGUCCACAUUCAGAAAUCAUUGUGAAACUUGUUGCAAAUGAUGGAGAGGACGGAAAAGAGGUCUGCCUGGACCCCAAGGCGAAGUGGGUGCAGAAGAUUGUGCAGAUAUUUUUAAAGAAAGCUGAGAAAGAAGAACCAUAA